UGCAGUCUUCACGUAGUUGGGCGUCACGGUGUCACGCUACUCGCUAGAGGAGUGAGGCCAGUCGCCGGUGAAACGCCGUACAGUACGAAGGUGCGCGCGCGCAGCUAUUAAGUGUUAAUUCUAAACGUGACCCAUAAAUAUGUGCUAAAUCGUGACAGGACAACUGUAAUAUUGAAAUAUAAGUUUUAUGGAAGUGCAGUGAAAUAUGUGAUUUUUGUGCUCUACUAUAUCGGAAUUAAUUUUUAUGUAGUGCCAUGGGCACAGACAGGCGAUGAGCCGCGCAGUGCUGGUGGGCCUGGCGCUGCUGGCGGCGGCGGGCGCGGCGGCCGCGCAGCUCCGGCCAGCCGACGCGCCGCUCACUCUCAACGACACACGAUGCGGCACGGAGUGCGUGCGCUGCGCGGCUGAUGGAUGCGUUAAGUGCGCUAGAUUGCUGGUGCUGCCUGAAGGCACGUGCGCCCACGUGUGCCCACCAGGCACGCGCGAGUCUUGGGCCCACGACGACCACCUCAUGGGCCGCGUCUGCUACCCCGCCCACACAUAUAAUGAAGUUCUAGUAGGCGGUGCAUGUGGCGCGGUGGCGUGCAUAGCUUUGGUGGCGGCAGGCGCAGCGUACGCACGCUGUAGGAGCAACUCCCGUGCGCAAGCGCAACCUCUGCCCCAACGGCCGCAGCACGACGACGACGCACAGCUGCGCGAGUUUCAUAAACAACUAGAUUGUUUACGACCUCACGCCUACACGCUGUUAGCAAUACUGAACCACACGCGGCAUCAGGUGCGGGAACUCUACCAGCUCGGCAACAACGACGCCGCUAUGGCUUACAGUUGCAUUCUGAGCGAUCUGGCGAAGCUGCUUAUACUGUUGAACAAACAACAGGUACCUGUCGUGCCGGAGGAAUGGGCACGGCUCGCCAGCUGGGCUGAAAGAAUCCUCAAGCGAUACAGCCGGAUGAGUGUAGGACAACAGCAACAAGAAGGUCAACUGGUGAACUUUCUGCCGGCCCCACCGAGCCAGAGCUCCGACUCAGAGACGACCCAGCAGUCAUUCACCACGUUCAAACCACCGUCGUAUUCACCCACGUCAUACGACAGUAACAUAGACAAAGAGUCUGAGAGUCAAUGUGGAUGGAACGACGUCAGACCACCGAGCUACUCCCAGAUAGAGAGAGAAAGAGAUAUCAUAGCUCUCUCUGAUCCUUGGGAGAGGCGGCCCAUCGUGAGGCGGGAAAGCGUAUGGCUCGAAGACGAGCUGUUCGAAAUGACAAAACGACCUCAAGAUGAGUUAACUACCGAAUUAUAAUAGUAGAUGCAACAUAAUACACCAUUCCAAGUCUGACAAGUACAAAAUACACAUAUUUAGUUCUAUACCAACUGUAAAUAAUGGUGCCCUCAACAUAAUUUGCAUUUUAUUAUAUUUUUAUCUUCCUAACAUUCAACAUUACAUUAAAAUGGGUUUUUAGUAUGACUGAGUUAUAUUAAGGCGACUAAAACCAGUUUCCAAAAACAUCAUAAUAAAACCUAGAGGCUAAGAAUUGUUUUGACAAAAUAGUAUUUAAAGAAAUAUUUAAAUUGUUAGACUACAUAAAGGUUCUUUUAACGUGAUUUCACGUGUUUAAGUUUAAGUGAUUUCACGGCAAUAGCAUGAUCAUUAAUUCUACUUUCAGACAGAAUGGAUAGCGUAGUUUAUGACCUACUUUUAAGAAAUUCCACAUUCUGCAGUUUCUACCACAAUAAAACUUUCAUAACAUCGAUGCUUUAAUGAUAUUAUAAUAAUUUAUUAAUACGAAAAACGACAGAUAGAUUUAAGUGCUAAAAAAUUGUUUAAUUUAAUUGAAUAAAGUCGACGCAUACACUGCCGAUUUCAAAAGCUUUGUUACC